UAUAUUUGCUCUGCUUUCCUGCAUCAAGACAUAGUUGUGAAUCUUUUCUUAUGAAACCCAUUCUAUUUGCCAUAGCGAUCUAAAUCCUAAAUUCUUAAAUGCUCAAAGCUUACUUGCCUACAGUGAUAUUGAGGUACCCUAAGAGAGCUCUAAUAGUGGCAGUAGCUGUCAACGCGACACAGUUCCACUCCACGUCAGGAAGUUACAUAAUUUAUAGUUUUUGUCUUUGAAGCCAAUGCGCCGUGCGAAAGCAGGUCACUGUCGAUUUCGAAUAUGUGUGUAGAAUUUGAAGAAACGCCAAAAAGCAACCCUCUGAUAUUGCAACAGUACAGAUUCGGAGGAGAUACCGAUGACGGGACAGUAAAGUUACACUAGUAGGCACCGCACACUGCUGUCUGCUCUGCUCGUAUAAUUUCCAGCCAGCGGGGGUGUGGUUUUGACAUCACUAUAGCGCCAAACUGUAGUACAGCAUUAGCGAGGCUGGCGGUCUGUCUCAGACAUCCAGUCUCGGAGAGGGCGAUUUUAACACGCGUCACAUUAUUUUGUACUGUCAAACAACAUCUCAUCACCAGCUAUAGGAUUUCUAAACAACAUACGCAAGCAGGACCUUUUCGCAGUAACCGACUUUAAGGUGCUCAGGAAAUUUUAUAUCAACAAGACUAUGCCUAACUGUCUGACUGAGGUGUGCCCUUGAGUCUGGACAAAGUUGGUAUUCUUUGCCUAAACAUUCUUAUGAGUAGACAAAGUGCCAGUUUUCCAGACUAGCCGGGCAUCACGCCACAGUCUGGUGAUCACUGUCCUGAGACGACAGCGAGUCCCUCAGCGACCCUCUCAUCAUUCCAAGGUGCUAUGGUGACCGCCACUGACUGUUAGCGUGACCACCGGACUACGCAGACUACACAAAUCUCCAGCAAUCCCACCUUUGAGCUUUGACUGUUUUAAAAGUGAACAGUGUGGCGGACCAAAACCAGGACGUCACAUAAACGGCCUGUUCCCCCCCGGCCCCCGCCCCCGGCAUACAGUGCUGUUUCACACUUCUAAUCACACAUGGGCAAAAAAACUCAACAAAUGCAAAAUCAUUCUCAGGACUUAUCCCAGCGACUGAUCGAGUGAGUCACGUGGGAAUUUCAAUUUGUGGCUGAUUUGUGGCUCUUUGGUGAGAGAAACAAGCAGAAUCGAAACGUGUGCCGUACUCACACCAGUGCCAGAUCUCGUGUGUGUGUGCCAGACCCAGAUCAUGGCUUCCGACAGCUUCCAGUACAGGGCACUAUUUGAGUACAAACGGGAGCGCGGAGAUGACAUCUCCCUCCAGCCCGGAGACAUCCUUACCGUCAACAAGGUGUCCCUGCUCACGCCUGACUACCAGGAAGGGGACGAGCAGAGACCCAAAGGGUGGCUGCACGGUACCAACGAGAGGUCCAAGGAGAAGGGCGACUUCCCCGGGACCUUUGUGGAGUAUGUGGGGUUGGUGCACGUCAGUUCCCCUGCCACCAAACCCUGGACCAGGCCUGUCCCUCCAACUCCAGCAGGGGCCCAGGCUCCCGUGGGCCCUCCGCCGCCUGGGGCCCCAGCGUCAGGAGGUGAGUGAGGCCCCCAACACGUGCUCAUCAUGUUAGCGAGGGCAACCCCCCGAUCUGUUGCAUGUUAUGGAGUAAAGAUCUGGUUAAUAUUACAGUUCAUGUGAGUAAGCAGCCUUAAUCACAGCUGGCUAGUGGAAAGGGCCUUUUGUUCGUCAUGGCAACCCGUAUGAAUGGCAUGACAAGCGAUCAGACAGGAGGUGGGGAACCAGCGUUAGAGUUAGACCAGAGGGUCUCCGAGCUGUUGACUGACUUGUCAUCAGUAGUGGCAGAGGCUGAAGGCAGUCCUUUGAGCUGGUCCUGAUUAGAACCAGUCAUGUUCCGUUGUGAGGGGAGCGAUGAGAACUCUCUCAGUUUAAGUCAAAUUUCAUUGUUUUGGGAUGAAGGGUCUGGAACCAUGCCCUUAACCAGCUAUGAGGUUAUUUCAAGCUAUUUCUUGUCCGCUGUGUGUCGGAGUUGUGAGUCGUCAGCAUCUUGCCUCAUCAGCACUUCUACUGACAGCUAUUUGAAUUUGAGAUGGACAUUGGCAGCAGCAGGUGGCUUGUCUGUGAACUGGCAGCAUACCAUAUUCUGUAAGACAAAGCAACGAUUGUUAUGACAUUACCAGUAAGAAACAUUAGCCUGUUACAGCAGCUGGAGUAAAGGCCAUUGUAUGAAACAUGUUUAAAUAUGCUUGGUCAUGAUGAAGGCUAGUCUAUUUGUUUCAUAUUAGUAGGCUAGCUAACAUUUCACACAACACCAUUGAUUUGGAAACAGCUCGUGUAGGCGACGGUAUCAAUAAUAGUAGGCCUAUGAAACAUUUCAAAGCCAAACUGGGAAACCAAUAUAAGUGUCUAAUGACGUUAGCUUGUUAUGGUAUUACUGUCAAGCAUUUUUCUUUAUUUCUAUUUCUUGAUCAUUUUAUAGCUAGCUUAAUUAUCAUGCUACAUACCAUAGAGCUAUGUAUUGUAACGUGUAAGGUGUUAGCGAAGCUCCUGCGUUGCUUAGAUAAGAGACUGGGUGAUCCCAGCAUGCUAUGCAGCAAAAACGUGUGUGAAUGUUAGCUUUGCUGUCUGUGUCAUGAGUUUAGCCCUGUAUUAGUGUAGUGUUUUUGCCUACCUUCAGUGUAUUCUAGUAAGUAGACUGCUUGCAACCAGCUGUCAUGAUGCUCACAGAACCCAGUGACGCUACACUGUUUUGACUCUCUAGAUAAUAUGAUUAUGAAGUAUUAUUCAUCAAGCAAUGCAUUUUAAUAUGAA